GUCCCGGCGGCGGCGGCGGCGGGGGGACGCGGGCGCUGCCACCCAACCUGGGCGGCAGCGGCACCCCGGGCGGACGCGGACGAGCGCGGUGCGGAGGAGAGGGGCGGGCCGCCUGGAGGGGAAGCGACCCGGGGAGAGGCCGGCGGGCACGGCCAGGGACGCGGCGGGUCAGACCGGCGCGGGUGCCGACUCAGCGCUGGGCAGGGAGACAGCCGCGUGCGUGUGGCUGUCCCGGAGCGGCACGGUUCCGAGCCGGUGUGCUGCGCACAGUUGCGUGGUGUGACCGCCCACCUUCAAGGCCGUGGUUGAACUUUGUCUCUACGGGAGCGUCGAUCUCGGUGGGUGUGGAGUGACAUCCUGGGCAAUGGCGGCAGAUCUGGACUCCUGGAAUGGCACCAUCAAUGGCACCUCGGAUGGGGAUAAACUGGGCUACAAGUGCCACUUCAACGAGGACUUCAAGUACGUGCUGCUGCCUGUGUCCUACGGUGUGGUGUGCGUGCUUGGCCUGUGUCUGAACACAGUGGCACUCUAUGUCUUCUUGUGCCGCCUCAAGACCUGGAACGCCUCCACCACUUACAUGUUCCACCUGGCUGUGUCGGACACACUGUACGCGGCCUCGCUGCCGCUGCUGGUGUAUUACUACGCCCGCGGCGACCACUGGCCUUUCAGCACGGUGCUCUGCAAGCUGGUGCGCUUCCUCUUCUACACCAACCUCUACUGCAGCAUCCUCUUCCUCACCUGCAUCAGUGUGCACCGGUGCCUGGGCGUCUUACGCCCUCUGCGCUCACUGCGCUGGGGCCGGGCCCGCUAUGCCCGCCGCGUGGCCGCGGCCGUGUGGGUGCUGGUGCUGGCCUGCCAGGCGCCCGUGCUCUACUUUGUCACCACCAGCACACGCGGGACUCGCAUUACCUGCCACGACACCUCGGCACCCGAGCUCUUCAGCCACUUCGUGGCCUACAGCUCCGUCAUGCUGGGCCUGCUCUUCGCGGUGCCCUUUGCCAUCAUCCUGGUGUGUUACGUGCUCAUGGCACGGCGGCUGCUACAGCCAGCUUACGGGACCUCGGGAGGCCUGCCGCGGGCCAAACGCAAGUCGGUGCGCACCAUCGCCGUGGUGCUGGCUGUCUUCGCCCUCUGCUUCUUGCCUUUCCAUGUCACCCGCACCCUCUAUUACUCCUUCCGCUCACUUGACCUCAGCUGCCACACCCUCAACGCCAUCAACAUGGCUUACAAGAUCACCCGGCCGCUGGCCAGCGCCAACAGUUGCCUUGACCCUGUGCUUUACUUCCUGGCUGGUCAGAGGCUCGUCCGCUUUGCCCGAGAUGCCAAGCCACCCACAGACCCCACUCUUGCCACCCAGGCUCACCGCAGGCUGGGCAUGCGCAGGUCUGACAGAACUGACGCCAAAAGGACAGAAGAUAUGUCGGCCAGCAGUGAAAACUCGAGGCGGAUAGAACCCACACUGGCAGGUAGCGAGAACACUAAAGACAUCCGGCUGUAAGACCCGAACCCCUUGGUCUUGUGCAAAUUUAUAUGGGGGUGAGAGGUAGGGGACGAGGACUUGUUCAAAUGGGAUGGUCUCCCCAGAUAUGGACAAUCAGUGACUAUGCGGAUAAUCAAGGAAGCCAUUACCCCACACUCUGUCAUUUGGCUGGGGUUCAGGAUUCUCUCUGUGGUGCAGAGUCACCUGUCCCCAUAACCUUCAGUCAGCAUUUAUGUGUGUGAGUUGGGGAAUAAGGUUUCAAGAAAGGCAAGUGUCAAGGCCAGUGCUGGCCCUGGCCUGACUCCCACGCAAAUAGCUGGCCAUACCUGCCAAGGUACCGAGGUUGGAGUCCAGCCUAAUCAAGUCAAAUGAAGAAACAGGCCCAGAGAGGAAGGUGACUUACCAAGGUCACAAGCAGAAACUGGGCCCAAGCUACCUUAGGUGGGGUUUGACCAGAGGACCCUGGUAAGUAGUCAGGGCUGGGGUGGGUCUGAGUGCCACAGUGGACUCAGCUCUGAGGAGUACCCCCAGCCCAAGAAACAAACAUCUGAUGUCAUAAACCAUCUGGAGGGUCCCUUGGGCUGGGAGCCAGUUCGAGGCUGUAACUUAAACUAAAGGUUGUGUUGCGUGCUGAA